ACAUCGUCGCUCUCAUCCCCGAUGACUUUGACAGGGCAGAAAACGAGCUCCGUGCACAGCCACGCACGCACUUCUUUCCACCCUCCUCCACCCAUCGCCGUUUGGUCACCCCCCCCAUUGUUUGGUGGGCCAGGCAGCCUUCCUCAAGCCGUGCUCGAGCGCCCUUUCCCCCUCGCUUUGGCGUUAACAGCCUUUAGGGAGUGAUUAAUGGACUGGGCGGGGGCGAGGCAGCUUCUUAUCUUCCUAGCACCAUACCCCUGAAACAACCCCCUCCCCAAAGGAUGCGACCCAGCAGCUCCAUUAUGCGGACAGAGCAACUACGGGAGAAAUGGGUUGCCUCCUAAAAUUGGAGAGAAACCAUACAGCCUCCUCCAUUCGCCAGCAGGGGUGAGGCGAAACGCUCUAUUUCCCUGCCUUCCAAGGCACAGAGGGAAGUAUCCCCAUUCUCCUCGCUUCCCUCCAUUCACCGAGAGAGAGAAAGGGGGCCGGACGACUCAUUUCUCUAUCUCCGACCCAAAAGGCUCAGAGGAAAGCCGCCCGCCCCAUUCUUUCCCCCUUCCCACUCUCCUUCUAGUGAAGAGAGGAGGAGGAGAAGCGGCGGCGGCCCAAGCCACGGUGGAGUGAAUGCGUUGUUAUGGCAACUGGCAGAGGCAGGCAGCAGGCCGGCCCCAGCCCCAGCUUCUCCUCAGCUCAGUGUGUGUAUGCAUGUGUGGGUGGCUGAGAGGAGGGAGCAAGAAACAGCAAGAGAGAGAGGAGGAACGAGAAGGAGAAGGCGCCUGAAGUGGUGGCGGUAAGAAAGGCUAGAGAGGUCUGGGGCGGGUGAGUGUGCGGCCAACAACCCCUCAGGAGAAAGAAGAAGAGGCGAAGCUGGCUUCAGGAUGAUGGAGGACGGAUUUUCCAGUUACAGCAGCCUGUAUGACACCACCUCGCUUCUGCAGUUCUGCAAUGAUGACAGUGCCUCUGCUGCCAGCAGCAUGGAGGUGACAGACCGCAUUGCUUCACUGGAGCAACGUGUUCAGAUGCAGGAAGAUGACAUCCAGCUGCUCAAGUCUGCUUUGGCAGAUGUAGUUAGGCGCUUGAACAUUACUGAGGAGCAACAGGCCAUGCAGAACAAGAAAGGACCUACCAAAGCAAGACCCCUUGUACAAACACUGCCUCUAAAGACUACAGUCAAUAAUGGAACUGUUUUACCAAAGAAACCCAGUGGCUCUCUACCUUCCCCGUCAGGAACCAGGAAAGAAAUAGUAUCACCAGCAGCAAAAAGGUCUCUGAGUCUUCUCAAUGCAUGCAAACUGAAAAAACCUGCUCUAAGCACUGUCAAAAGAACCAACUCAGCUGAACGAGUAUCUCCUGGAGGUCGAAGGGAAAGCUAUGGAGAUUCCAAAAUCAGCCGCAAUCGUGCUGGAUCCACAAGCAGUUCAUCUAGCGGUAAAAAGAACAGUGAAAGCAAGCCUAAGGAACCGAUGUUCAGUGCAGGGAAGCGUCGUGUGACACAUUGCAAAGAGGAAGGAUAUGUUAAAAUGUUUCUGCGUGGACGUCCUGUUACCAUGUACAUGCCCAAAGAUGAAGUGGAAUCUUACAAUUUGGAAGCAAAAGCAGAACUGCCAACCAAAAGGCUAAAACUGGAAUGGGUCUAUGGCUAUAGGGGUCGGGACUGUCGUAGCAACCUGUACCUCUUACCAACAGGUGAAACUGUGUAUUUCAUUGCGUCGGUUGUUGUAUUGUACAAUGUUGAAGAGCAGCAUCAGCGACAUUACACUGGUCACAAUGAUGACGUGAAGUGCCUAGCUGUUCAUCCUGACAGGAUCACCAUAGCAACUGGUCAGGUUGCAGGAACAUCUAAGGAUGGAAAACAACUGCUGCCCCACGUCCGCAUUUGGGACUCUGUUACUUUGAACACGCUGCAUGUCAUUGGGAUGGGGUUCUUUGACCGGGCUGUCACUUGCAUUGCGUUUUCCAAAUCAAAUGGAGGGAGUAACCUUUGUUCAGUGGAUGACUCCAAUGACCAUGUGCUUUCAGUGUGGGACUGGCAGAGAGAAGAAAAGUUAGCUGAUGUCAAGUGCUCUAACGAAGCAGUAUUUGCCACUGAUUUUCACCCUACAGACACUAAUAUAAUAGUUACGUGUGGAAAAUCACACCUUUAUUUUUGGACACUUGAAGGAAGUUCUCUUAUUAAAAAGCAAGGAUUAUUUGAGAAACAAGAAAAGCCAAAAUUUGUCUUAUGUGUGACAUUUUCUGAAAACGGUGAUACAAUCACAGGAGACUCAAGCGGAAACAUCUUAGUAUGGGGAAAAGGUACCAACAGAAUAGGCUCUGCAGUUCAAGGAGCCCAUGAAGGUGGCAUUUUUGCACUUUGUAUGCUACGAGAUGGCACACUUGUGUCUGGAGGUGGAAAAGACAGAAAGCUAAUAUCUUGGAAUGGAAAUUACCAAAAACUUCACAAAAUUGAGAUUCCAGAGCAGUUUGGGCCAAUAAGAACAAUUGCAGAGGGGAAAGGUGACAUUGUGUUGAUAGGUACUACUCGGAACUUUGUUCUGCAAGGCACCCUCUCAGGAGACUUUUCUCCCAUUACCCAGGGUCAUACUGAUGAGCUUUGGGGACUAACAGCCCAUCCCUCCAGACCUCAGUUCUUCACUUGUGGGCAAGACAAACACAUUACACUCUGGGAUGCCAUCAGUCAUCGUCCAGUCUGGAACAAAAUUAUAGAGGAUCCAGCACAGUCUUCUGGUUUUCAUCCUUCAGGGUCUGUGGUUGCAGUAGGAACACUAACUGGAAGGUGGUUUGUGUUUGACACCGAAACAAAAGAUUUGGUCACUGUUCAUACAGAUGGAAACGAACAGCUGUCCACAAUGCGUUACUCACCAGAUGGCAACUUCUUGGCAAUAGGUUCUCAUGACAAUUGUAUUUAUAUAUACAGUGUUACUGACAAUGGGAGGAAAUAUAGUAGAAUUGGCAAAUGCUCAGGUCAUUCCAGCUUCAUUACUCAUUUGGACUGGUCUGUUAAUUCUCAGUACCUUGUGUCUAAUUCAGGGGACUAUGAAAUCCUAUACUGGGUUCCUUCAGCUUGUAAACAAGUAGUAAGUGUUGAAACCACUAGAGAUAUAGAAUGGGUUACUUACACUUGUACUUUAGGAUUCCAUGUUUUUGGUGUGUGGCCAGAAGGUUCAGAUGGCACAGAUAUCAAUGCUGUCUGUCGCUCACAUGGGAGGAAAUUGUUAUCAACAGGCGAUGACUUUGGCAAAGUACAUCUCUUCUCUUAUCCAUGUUCACAGUUUAGGGCUCCAAGUCACGUGCACAUUGGGCACAGUAGUCAUGUAACCAACGUAGAUUUUCUAUAUGAAGAUACUCAUCUCAUUUCCACAGGUGGAAAAGAUACCAGUAUUAUGCAAUGGCGAGUCAUUUAGAGGAAGCCUUCUUCCUGUGUAACAAGAACUGGCCAUGCACCGAAGUUCUGUAUAAACUGUAUAUUUAAGAGUUAACAAAUGGUUGCCGUCUAGCCUAGUCACUGUGAUUUUUAAGUUUUAAAAUCCUUACAAACCUCAGGAAAACUAAGUCCUUGGCUGGCUACUGUACUUAUUUCAGUAAUUCAGUUCAUUAAGCAUCACUUAAAACAACAACAAACUUGUUUUUCUUUUUUUGUUGUACAGCAUAUGAAGCAGUACAAGUCUAAAAUGAAAUCUUGACUUGGAUGUUUAUGCAAUACAUAUGAACAGGACUUUUUUAUUAAAUAGCCACAAAAAACAUAUCCCAAUAUUAAAGAAUAUAUGUGCUUCAGUUUCAUUAUUUAUACUUUGUACUGUCUAGCUACAUACUUAGAAUAUCUAUAGUUGCAAAAGUUGAUGGCAUUCCCAUGUCUGGUGGACAGCAAAUAAUUUAUUUGGAAAGCUUAAACUAAGCUGGAUGACACAGAGUGAACAAGCCACUAUGCACAGCUGUUCUGUUAUAGUCAUUGCAAUGGGGCUUCAAUAAGUUUGCCAUAUUAAAUGAAACAGACGUUUCACUCAGCAAUACUUGCUGAGCUUUUUUUUUCUCCCACAGUAAAGAACUUGUUUAAAUAAGAAAAUGUGAAUACUAGAAUAUUCAUAAACUUGUUUUUCCCCUCCUGGCAAAGCAAAACCUUAAAAUGAGAGGAUGCAAUCCAGCAACAGUUAGUUAAGACUUAACUUCCAUAGAAAAACUGGAAAGGGAUUUACUUGUAGUCAAUGUAAGCCUUACUAAUUUCAGGGGAACUAGUAUUUGCUAGAUUGUAACCAGAUUUUUAUUUUCUUUGAAAUUAAGCAGGUUCUACCCCCGUUUUAACUAAUAUCUCAGUAGGGAUUAGAGCUUCAGCUAAUCUGUUUCAAGACAAAAACUCUUUAAAUAUGUAUAUUAACAAUUUCUUAUUUAAAAAUCGUGAACCAACUUGGCCACAUCUCCAUUAUUCAAUUGAUAGAGCGUACCCUAAUCUGUAUAUUGAUCAACAUGGCUACCACUACUUUAUACAUGUGUAAAAGAUAUUAGCAAUUCAUAAGAAAUAGUAAGGCAUUCUAAGCUUUACUUGUCUAUUGCUUAUGGAUAUUGUAUAUUCACAUUUUAAGGCCAAGUAGACAAAAUAUAAAGAGAUCUUUUGAAGUGUACCAUUAACUUGCAGAAGAAAUGGGGUAGUAAAGAUAUAUGAUUCAUGAUGAAGACCAGCUGGACUGAUAUCAACAAAGUAGUAUGCAAUUCAAGAGAUGUGCACCCCAGGAGCCUUUGUAAUGUGUGUUAGUUGUAGAAUCAUCAGGGUUGGAAAUGACCUUGAAGUCAUCUAGUCCAACUCUCAUUGCAGGAUCUGCAAUGCAGGUUGCAACCACAGCAUCUCUGACAGAUGGCCGUCACCAUUUACUUAAUCCCUCCAGCGAAGGAGAAGCCACCACCUCCCAAGUCCAUUUGUUCCACUGUUGAAUAGCCCUUGCUGUUAAGAUGUUCCUCCUAAUGUUUCACCAAAAUCUGCUUCCCUGCAAUGUUCAGACAUCGGUACUAGUCCUUCCCUCUGAAGCAACAGAGAACAAGUCUGCUCCAUCUUCUGAUGCAGCCAUUUGGGACAGAAAAACACAUAGGGUUGCCCUACACAUCACUGAAUAACUUCCAUCCCCUGUGUGUUUUGCAUGGACUGAUAUUUAUAGUAUGAAAUAAGAUUGUAUUUUGCAAUGAAGCAAGAGUGGAGGUGGCAUAAAAUAGUUAAGGCGGCCUUAUUUGUUUUGAUUGUGACACAGACUGAAAAUUAUUGUUUACAUUGAGGAGUGUAUCUAAAGAUUUUGAAAUGAGCAGUGUUAUAAGCAGGUUCUGAAAAGCUCAAUACUAAAGUUUUUUUUUCUUAUAAAGGAUAGGAAACGUGAAUUAAUUGAGCUCUGAAGCACGGGUUGUUUAGAGUUAUUUCAAUGAAGAUUUAAUAAGUUUUGAAGCUUUUUAUUACAUCUCCAGCCUGCUACACUGAAAGUGCAGGAUACCAAUAAAUAUCAUGUAUCAAGAUGAAUUGUUCCAAUUUGUUUGUUAUAACGUCAGCAUUUUAGUGCACAUUUCUCCUAAUAAACAGUUUUGUAUGCAAGCAAUUUCUCCUAAUAU